AUGUUUGAGCAAGUCCCCAACAAGGAGCCCUACAACAACGAUCCGCGGGGACAAGGCCAUCCCCAAGUCCGCGACUACGUUCACAUGAUUCAUGUCAUCAACCACAUUUUGACCUCCCCGCCGUCCUGGUCCGAGGGCUCGGCUCGCGUUGGGCUGGUCGGUCUUCCAUUUAACGCGCUAUUUGACUGGCCCAUGGGAACAGCCUCGGGAUAUGCAAUGUUUCUUGAUCCGGACGUUAACAAGAUGCUGAAGAAGGUCCUCAAUGCUUGGGGGGAUUUCCUCUGCUCCCCAGAGUCGGCCAGGGUUUUGGAGACGGACGCGCGAGGAAGUUGGUUUAGUCCGCAUGGCCAGCAGGAGCUCACCGUGACGGCGAAUGUGGGAAAGACAAGCUACAAAUUCGAGGAAUUGUUCCAGUGCGAACCAUCAGCACCACACAUGGGCUACAAGUUAUGGGACGACAAUGUGAUUACAAACGCGUGCAAAUCAAAGACCUUCAAGGUGGCGCGCAACGUCAAGGCCCGAGACCAUUUCUGGCUGAAGGGACAGCCAUAUUCGGUCAUCAACAUGUUAGCACAGGAUGCCUGGACGGAGCAAUUUGUUGGUGGCACGGUAUACCAGGCGUUCCUCAGCGCAUUGAGCUAUCAUCGGUGGCAUGCGCCGGUGUCUGGUAAAUUGGUCAAAGCAUACCUGGUCGUAGGAACAUACUACUCAGAACCUUUGUUCGAAGACUUCCAAGUCGACACGUCGGCGGACCCCGAAGGGGAAGUGACCAGUCAAGGCUAUUUGACAGCCACAGCCACACGGGCAAUCAUGUUUUUUGAAGCGGACAAUCCGGCUAUUGGGCUCAUGGCAUUCCUGGGGAUUGGCAUGUGCGAAGUGUCGACUUGCGAAAUGACGGUCAGGGAGGGACAGCACGUCAGCAAGGGCGAUGAGAUUGGCAUGUUCCAUUUCGGAGGCUCGACUCAUUGUUUAAUGUUUCGGAAGGGCGGCGAUGUUGAAGGGUUUCCGGAGCCACAUCCCGAGCACAACAUUGCGGUGCGAAAUGAACUGGCAAGGGUGAAGGCGAAGUCGACAUCGACAUGA